CCAGGUUGCUGCUCAAAGCAAAGACGAAAGAAAUAUGGCAGCAGCUACUAGUCUACUGCCGUAGGCGCAGGAAGUGAAAAGCAUGCAGGCGUUUGCCACUAUGGCCAACCCAUCCAUGCCCAGGGUCGCAUCCACAGCGCUCUGUGGUCGGUGCCACGCCGCUGUCAAGUGCCACUCACACUUAGACGCACGCCAGGGGGGCUACCGUUCCACCCACCGGCGCCCGAUGCUCUGGGCCCUCUUUCUUUGCUUUGCCUGGCCUGCGCGCCGCUAAUACUUCUUUGCUUUUCCGUUUCACACGCGUUGAAUACAGCUAAGCGAUGGUGCCUACCGGGCCCAGCCCCGUGGGUCUGGGUUGUGUACUUUGCGAGUCGGCGGAACGCCAUGGGAGAAAACUUGGGCGACUUACACGAAAUACUACGCUCCCGACCUGCUGGCACAUAUAUCAAGCCCACCUGCAUCCUCUCCCGCCAUGAUAUGCUUCGUUCUCAACGCCUGAUUUUCUCUCCUUUCCCUUCGUCUCACAUAUACCUCGUUGGCAGUGCCACUAGAGUUCUAGUGUGAGCGUCUAUAGCCUCGUCUACUCUCUCAUUUGCUUUCCUUCCCAAGGGUAUCUCAUACCACCACAGCCACCCAUCUAUCACCAUGGGCGUCCCCAUCACCUACACCCGCCCCAAAUAUGUGGAGGCUACCGCUUUCCGCAAAAGCCAGGAGUCUCUUACUCCCAGCACCGAAGGCUCUGUCAAGUCCGGCAGAUCUGGAUACUCUGCCGGCAUCCCGGACUCUCUCGCCUUUGACAACAUCAUCAAUGGCGGAACAUGCCCACCCAUGACAGUUCGCGACUUCAUGAACUACCUCAUCUACAUUGAGCACUCGGCCGAGAAUCUGCAGUUCUUCCUCUGGUACAAGGAUUACGCCAAGCGUUUCGCUCAGGCAGAUACCGUUGACAUUGCCCUCUCCCCAGAGUGGACACAAACCAUGGAAGACGACGCCAUUGCCAAGAUCCGCAAGGACAAUGCUGAGAAGAUGCGAGCCGAACCAGCUAUCGCUGCGGAGAUGUUCAAGGGCACCGACUUUGAGAAGGGUGCUAUUGAUGCCCAUUCGGCCAACCCCUUCACUACGCCUCCUCGCACUCCUCGUGGCGCGGACGACAAGGACUCCAUUCACACUGAUCCCUCCAUGCCCCCUUCUCUGGCUCAGACCUACAAGUCUCAGGCAAGCGAAGCGUUUUACUCAGCUGGUGUUAAGACUCCUUUCACCAUCCAACCUUUCCGCGAUGAAAUCAACCGCAUUAUUUCCACUUACAUCAUGGAUGGUGCUCCUCGCCAGCUCAACCUCUCCUCUUGGGAGCAAAAGGCCACCGUCCAGGCUCUCUCAUGCACUACCCACCCUACUGCCAUGCGUCUCCUCGUCAACACUGUCGAGUCGUCGCUCCGCCGCCAAGCUCACCCCAACUUUGUUCGUUGGUCGAUUUGCAACGGCAACCCUGCCCGUGUCUUCUUUGCCCGCGCUCUUGGUGUCGGCCUGAUCCUUAUCGGCCUUGUUGCCGGCGUCCUCAUGGUCCUUGGUGGUGUUGCUCGCGGCUACCGUGCCAUCACGGCUGUUGCGUUCGUGCUCGGUAUCAGUACACUUGUUGCCGCAUACAAGGGUAUGUGUGUCGUUUUGCACGGCAUGCAUCACCGCCAUGUGCGCCCCUGGGAGCUGUUUGUCCAUGCCGAGGAGGAGUCCGAGUAUGAUCUUGGCAAGCGCAGCUUCGACUCGUUUGGCUCCAACAACAGCUACGAGGACGAGCCGUGGGUUGUCAAGUACGAGAAGCGUAAUAUUGUACGCAAGGUCUUUGACCGUGAGGUGUGGAUCAAGGAGCCUGCUCUGCGCCAGAUCCAAGACACCAUCUUUAUUCAGGCCAUUCUUGCUUCGUUGCUGCUGGGCGGCGCGUUGACGGCCAUCUUUGUUGCUGUCCCCAACGCUCACCUCUUUUAAGAGUGAGAGCUCGGGAUUGAUUUGAACGAUACAAAUGUAUAUUUCUUUGUUUUCUUUUCCUACUGGGAAUAUAAUUAGGAGAGACCGGUACAGGAUGUUUUGGUUUUGGUGUUUCUCUGUUUUGACCCCUCAGGGCUCCCUUUCUUGUAUAUCUCGCUCUUCAGUACACAAAAUUUUGACUCGAUUUUCUACUGC